AUGCAGUACUCAAAGAGAGCAGUUCUCGCCCUUGCGGUGCUCAGCCCGGCAUUCACUUCAUCACUGGCUCUCCCACGAGUCCCCCCCAGGGACAGCAACUCAGUUGCCGUCCAAGAUGCUCACCUAGCCCCACGACACCUUUCCGGAGCCAUGCCUGUCAGGCUUAGAAGCCGCCACUGGGGUGGAGGAGCGACUGGCGGGGGCGAGGGGGCCGGCGGCUUGGGUGGGCCGGGAGGUUAG